AUGGGAAGACAACCAUGCUGUGACAAGUUGGGAGUGAAGAAAGGGCCAUGGACGGCCGAGGAAGAUAGGAAACUGGUUAAUUUUAUACUCACCAAUGGCCACUGUUGUUGGCGGGCGUUUCCGAAACUGGCCGGGCUGCGUCGCUGCGGUAAGAGUUGCCGCCUCCGGUGGACGAACUAUCUCCGGCCUGAUUUGAAGCGGGGACUACUUAGUGACGAGGAAGAAAGAUUGGUUAUUGAUCUCCAUGCCCGUCUUGGCAACAGGUGGUCAAAGAUCGCAUCAAGAUUGCCAGGAAGAACUGAUAAUGAGAUCAAGAAUCACUGGAAUACCCACAUAAAGAAAAAGCUAAUUAAGAUGGGUAUUGAUCCAAUCACUCAUGAACCACUGCAUGAAGAAGCAACCACGCAAGAAAUGCCUAUAUACACUGAUGCCGGCCCAAAAACUGACAUUAGCCUGCCGGAGUUAUCAUCGGAAAAUGAAGAUCAUGCCACCACUACGGACAACCUCAUCGAGAAUUGCUCCGCUGAUGAAACUUCAUUGCUUAAACCUCACGAUGAUGAUGAUGACCCAAUGUUGAGUUACAUAUUGUCGGACGCCUUUCUUGACGCAGCAUCAUGGAACUUCAAAGCUGACGGUGAUGAAUAUAGUGUAUUAGGGUCGUCUUCCUCAGACGAUAACGCAGCAUGGUUGUUGGAUUAUCAUGAUUUCGGUGAAGAGAACUUUGAUUUGGGGUGUCUCAACAACCUGAACAUGAACAAGUUAGAGAUGGGAAAGAAUUAA